GGUAGUAGCUCGUUUGUCAUAUCUAAACCCAGACGAGGCAAACAGAAAUAUCUUUAUUUACAGACUCCCCAAAAGGUGAACGAUAAAAGCUCAGCAAACCAUGCAGGAUGAUUUACUGAUGGACAAAAACAAAGCCCAGGCUCACCAUCAGCAAGAUCCGACGCAAGUAGACCCUCCUCCCUCCACCUCCACCUCCACCUCCACCCCGACCCCGUCAUCGGAGCCCACGUCUUCUUCAUCCGAGUCGGAGAGCCCGUUGACCGGGAGCAACCAAGCGGCCUCGGUGCUCGGUAGCAGCGGUAGCAGCAGGGACACGGUACCGAUGGAGUCGCCGGUUCUGCCCGGGUUGAGCUUCCACCACCAGGAGACCGGCGGCCCCGUCUCCUCCUCCUCGCCGUCCUCCUCUUUUGGGAGCACUUGGUCCACAGGAACCACAAGCGCCGUGGACGACAGCUUUUUCCAGGGAAUACCCUCCGUGAACGGGACGAUGCUUUUCCAGAACUUCCCCCACCACGUCAACCCGGUGUUCGGGGGGAAUUACUCCCCGCAGAUGGGUCUGGCUCCACAGACCCAACAGCAUCAACCACAAGCCCAGCAGCAGCAGCAGCAGAGGCGGUCCCCUGUCAGCCCGAACCAGGGGCCCUUUCCCCAGAGAAACGCUUAUCAGACCAUCAUGAAUAACAGCAAAGGCUCUUCGUCGUCAUCGUCCUCUUCCUCUGCCUCGUCGUCCGCUUGGAAUAACCACCAGAACGCCGCCUGGAGCACAGCCUCCAACCCCUGGAGCGGGCUGCAGGCCGGCAGGGACCCACGCAGAGCGGUCGGGGUCGGGGUCGCAGUCGGCGUCGGGGUGCCGUCACCCCUGAACCCCAUCUCCCCCAUGAAAACCUAUUCCAGCAAUGUCAUAGCACCCCCUAAGUUCCCAAGACCUGGUCCCCUUGCCCCUAAGCCCUGGAUGGAUGACAGCGCCUUCAGGACUGACAACACCAACAACAUCCUGCCUUUCCAGGACCGGAAUCGGCCCUUUGAUGCUUUUAGCUUGCACUCUUUGGAGAAUUCCUUAAUGGAUAUGAUAAGGACUGACCAUGACAAAGGACGCAUGGGCCUGAACUUUCAUCAUCCUGGAGCGGAGCACAUAAUGCCAUUGAACACCCGGAGCUAUGGCCGCAGAAGAGGUCGUUCCUGUCUCUUCCCCUUUGAAGACGGUUUCCUCGACGACGGUCACGGUGACCCCUCCUUGACCCCGGGCCUGAACUCGCCCACCCGCUGUCAGAACGGAGAGAGGAUGGAGCGCUACUCCAGGAAGGUCUUUGUCGGCGGCCUGCCCCCUGACAUAGAUGAAGAUGAAAUCACCAACAGUUUCCGUCGCUAUGGACACCUGGUGGUUGACUGGCCCCACAAAGCUGAGAGCAAGUCCUACUUCCCACCUAAAGGCUACGCCUUCCUGCUCUUCCAGGAAGAGACUUCGGUCCAGGCCUUGAUCGACGCCUGCAUCGAGGAAGACGGCAAGCUCUACCUGUGUGUUUCCAGUCCCACCAUCAAAGACAAACCAGUCCAGAUCCGUCCCUGGAACCUGAGCGACAGUGACUUUGUCAUGGACGGCUCCCAGCCUCUGGACCCCCGCAAGACCAUCUUUGUAGGGGGGGUGCCGCGGCCUCUGCGUGCAGUGGAGCUGGCUAUGAUCAUGGACCGGCUGUACGGAGGCGUUUGCUACGCCGGCAUCGACACCGACCCGGAACUCAAAUACCCGAAGGGAGCCGGCCGCGUGGCCUUCUCCAAUCAGCAGAGCUACAUCGCCGCCAUCAGCGCCCGCUUCGUUCAGCUGCAGCACAACGACAUCGACAAAAGGGUGGAGGUGAAGCCGUACGUCCUGGACGACCAGAUGUGCGACGAGUGCCAGGGGGCUCGCUGCGGGGGGAAGUUCGCCCCCUUCUUCUGUGCCAACGUCACCUGCCUGCAGUACUACUGCGAGUACUGCUGGGCCAGCAUCCACUCGCGGGCCGGCAGAGAGUUUCACAAGCCACUGGUCAAGGAGGGCGGCGGCCGCCCCCGACACGUGUCGUUCCGCUGGAGCUGAGGUGGGGUCGACGAGUCCGCCCCCCCCCCCCCGGCGAGCCCACACCCGACCCCUAGAAAACCCUCCCGCAACCACCCCCUCCUACUACCCUACAGGCCGGGACAGCGCUGGAAACCACCCCCCACCCACAACCCCACCUACUCCACCCUGCUCCCUGCAAACACCUCAUGAAAAGAAGGCAAAAAGGAUACCGUCAGACACACGGGACUCUCUUCAUACCACAUGGCUCCGAACUUAUAUAUCCUCUACGGUCCCCCUCAUGCAAAGCAUUGUGGGGGGAAUGAAAUGCGAAAAGUCUAUCAGCUUAGAAUUUGCACUUUGGCACAAAAUCUCACACACACUCGGGAUAGUGUGUAUGCUAGACACCCGGCUACUUUCAGUUCCCCUUGUUUCCGUUGACCGGGUGGUGUGGUACGUCCUGUUGGACCCCUCCUCACUGAGUCAGAGGUGGGACCAUACAAAUAUUUAAAAAAGUAUAUAUUUUUUUUGUUUUGUACCUAUCUAAAACAUACAUAGAUGAUUGAAAUUUUAUGUAAAAGGAGCAUGCACUUAUUUUCAAAAAGCUGUAGUUAUAUUGCCCCUACUAGAAGAAAAAAAUUACCAAAGGCAGAUGAAAGGAAUGCAUACAGAGAAGCUACAUAAGACGGCAUAAGAUGUAGCAAAACUCAACAGCUAUCCAGUAGUGUGGGCCCGUAUCGCCCUGGAGGAACAAUACCACGUCUAUAAUCGCUCUCAAUUCUGACUCUGAAAAUAUUAAUACCUCAUACACGCAAUCAGACUAGUUUGCUUUUUGGUUUCUAGGUCUUUAUUUUUAUAAUAACAUUAUUUUUUAGUGUUAUGUAAAUGUAAUGCUGCGAUAGCUUUGCUGCUAAAUCCGUGGUAUAAAACAGAUACCACAAGUACUUUAUUCAGGCUAGGGUGUAAAAAUAACAGACAGCGGAUCAAGAGAAGCACCUGGUGUUGUAGAAUGAUGAGCCAUCGCGUUGUCCCCCCCCCCUGGACAACGAUGGCUACCUUUUGUGGGGGGGUCGGGGUGGGUUCACCCCUAACUGCAUGUUUAUUUCAAUCAGGUUGCUGCAUGCAAUAGACUUUUCAGUAUCACGUCUGCUAUUGGAUUCUGCCCAUGUUUGCACAACACGCUUCGGGCGUACAGUACGUUUCGACUCGCACGAAACUGGACAGAAACAGGGAGGGGCCUGGAAGCAUGGCGGCUCCGAGUCGCCGUGACAACAGAGCGGGAAGAAAAAAAACAAAACAAGACAGACAACCUUAAUAAUCACAAAUCAAGUUAAAUGUAGGAUUACCAUUUACAACUGUCUAUGAUAGGUGAAGUACUUUUUUGCAGUGAUUGUUGAUAUAAUUGUGCAAUUUUUUUAUACCGUACGUAGUUAGGUCUGAGUAUGCCUAGAACUGUGAUUCGCUUUAACUGUCGUCAGUGUCCGACAUAGAAGUCCUGUGAAACUUCAUAAGUAGUGUAUGCACACGUAUAUAUGUUCUCUCGUACACACACAGUUGCACCGGUAUACACGGAGGCCUCUUGACACAAACACACACACACACACACACACACACACACACGGACGGCUGUCUUUCUUACGCACACAAACAGGCCCACAGAGGCGGCGUCUGAUCGGAUGAGAAGGCGCCACAAUGUGAGCUUAAACUGAGAACCGAGGUCUUUUCUUUCUAUAAUUUCCUCCGUCGAGAGAAAACGAAAAGAACUGCACGUUUACGUCUCCGAAUGCAACCAAAGAGCUCACGUGUUCGACCUUUAGACGAGACCGCCGGACACGCAGGGCGAACAGCCACCUGCAGAAGAGCCGGAAGGGGAAUUCGAUUUAUGAUGAGGAAAAUGAUGGCAGGUGGG